AUGAUCGAACUGAUGUCCGAUGUUAUUUUCCUUGCCAUAUAUCGAUGUUUGCCCAAACGAAAAUUGUUCAUGGCUUGGGGAUUUACCAAGUGGAAAGCAAUACUCCUGCUCAUAGUCUUGUGUGCGUGUCUGCAGCUGGCGGAGGGCAUUUGGUUUCCCUGGUACUUCCAUCGCUAUGGCCUUGAGCCUCACUCUCAACGGCACAAAGGAGGCAGUGCUGAGGGCAGUGGUGGAGGCAGCACUUGUCCGCCGGGCUACAAGCCGAAGAACGGCAGCUCUACGGUGCGCUUGUGCGAUGACAAUCCGGUGCUGCUGCAGCUCGCCCGCCUCUACAUCAUCAGUCCGGAGCGAAUCAUGCUGUUGUUGGCGCAGCCCUCGCUGAUCGACUCCUGCAGCGAAAUUAGCGAUGUGCUGUCGCACAUAAGAGCGAACACGGCGAAUUGUCGCCUGGCCGAGGACAACAUCUACGGCAAGCUAACCGAUGGUCUGGACUACUUCAAGGCAGAGGUGUGUGAUGGCGGCGAUAGCAGCACUCGGAAGCGUUGUGCGGAGCUCAGCGACUCCCACAACUGCAUCCGUGAGCUGCGCACCGACAUGAUCGAGUGCGAGGCCCCAGCGGACUGGUAUGAGAAGCGAAACGCCACCAAAGUGUGUCAGAUCUUCAAUGAUGUCCUGGACUGCUACUAUACACGGGCGGCUAUGUUGUGCGGCCUGUCGGCGGCACGUCAGUUGCGUUCCCUCUCCGCGGAUUGCAUGAAACGUGGCAUUAUCCAUCCCUGCACUGUGUCGAACCGUUUGCCGCGUGUCGAUGAUCCUAUGCCGGCAUGUGGGCCGACAAGGAUGUCAACAUUCCAAACUGUCACAUUGGGCUUAAUUUGUUAUUGCAUUUUGUGGUGAAGCCAAGUA